AAUGUCAAACUGGUGUCGUAUACUUGCUGAGGGGAGAAGGCGGCGGGGCACAGGUUGAAUGGGCAGCUGUUUUGGGAGUGAGUAAAAUACCUACACCUAGUGCAAAUCUGACUACGCGACGUGUUUCCCUGGACGUGAUCCGCGUCCGAUACGGCAUAAAGCGCCGGCCGACACGUCUGACCACCAGUGCAGUGUUUAAUAUCACCAAAAUGAUCACGUACUUCUCUCUAUUCGUGUUAAGUUUCGCGUUAGUCAGUUCGGAUGGAGAGCUCAAAUUUUUCCAAGAGAAGGCAUUCCACGAAGCUCAAGAACUCACGAAUAGCAAUGUGAGAGCUAUAGCCCAGCUGUCAGAUAUGAACCACUUCAAGAGUGUGUUAAAUGAAAUCCUAAUACCACGAGUGGUGGGCACCCCAAACCACGAAAAAGUUGGUAAUUACAUCGUGAACCAAUUGAAAGGGCUUGGUUGGGAUGUCACGGAGAAUGUGUUUGCGGACACUACGCCAGUAUUUGGCACGUUGAACUUUAAAAAUAUUAUUGCCAAGUUGAACCCAAAUGCAGACAGAUUUUUGGUCCUGGCGUGCCAUUAUGACAGUAAAUAUACAAGAGAACAUGUAUUUGUUGGUGCCACCGACUCUGCAGUCCCCUGUGCCAUGAUGAUCAACCUUGCCAAAGUGAUGUCUACACAGCUGGAUAAGCUGAAGCAGUCGAAGCUUAGCCUCAUGUUCAUAUUCUUCGACGGAGAAGAAGCCUUCAGGCAGUGGGGUCCCACAGACUCCAUAUAUGGUGCGAGGCAUUUGGCACAGAAAUGGCAGUCGUCACCGUACAAAGAUGGAGCCAAUGACUUGCAGAGGAUGGACGUCCUGGUCCUCCUAGACCUCCUAGGGGCUCCCAACCCAGCAUUCUACAGCUACUUCCGAUCCACCGAGAAGUGGUACAUCCGAAUGGUCAGCGCGGAGUCCCGGCUGGCUGACCUUGACCAGCUCGAGAGCUACGCCAAGGAUAUAGAAGAUCAGAAUAAUAAGUACUUCAAGCUGAGCAGUUCGAGAGCUAUCAUAGAAGACGACCACAUACCGUUCUUGAGGAGAAACGUAGACGUCCUGCACAUAAUCCCGUCUCCCUUCCCGAGCGUGUGGCACCAGCCUUCGGACGACCUCACAGCGCUCGACUUCACCACCAUAGAGAAUUUGAACAAGAUCUUCCGAGUCUUCGUCGCCGAGUACCUUCAUUUGUCACCCUAGCGCCGAUGGCGGGCCGUGCCCGAACUACGCGAGUAUCCAGGUACUAGCAUUAUUGUAAAUUAUAACCAACAAAUGUUGGUGUUUCUAUGAUAUUCAGCAAUUUCAGCAUCACAAUAACGACGUUAAAUCUAUGACAAUUUACGCUGAUAGUAUACUGAGAACUGUUAUUGAAACUACAGCAGUUGAUGAAUAUUUUAAGAUGAAAUUCUAUCAUGUUUACGGUACUCAACAACUUCUACUAAGGCUGGGUUGAACGCACCAUCUUACUUUAACUUUAACAAACGUCAAAAAUCUGUCAAACUCCAUACCUAAACACUGCUUAUCGUUAAAGUUACCGUAAAAGUUAGGCGGUGCAACUCGGCCUUAGUAGUACGUAGUACAGACAAGAGGAAGUCAACAUAUAAAAUUCUGUCUUUGUACUAAAUUAAUCACAGACUUUAUUUUACAGAUGUUUGUUGUUACAAUCUGAAAUUGUAUGAUAAGCCGUUGACUGUUGAACUAUUAAUCAACUAUUCGUCAUAGUAUUUAUGACCAUCAAUAACUACACGUACCUAUUUAUUGUGAUAGUUCCAAUUUAAAUGCAUUUGCAUGAAUUUCAGAUCUAGUUAUUUUUGCCGCUUCGUCAAAUUAUAAACAACAGUCAAUUAAGAACAAUUAAAUUACCAUAUCAUUUGUGAUUUGGAACCGAGUUUAAGAUUUACUUAAAAAUGAGAAAUGAAAUUACUUCCGUAUAUUAUAAUCAAGUACUUACCAUAGUUUAAAAAGUAACUACGUCUAUGUAGUUUGUUUUAGUGAAGUGUAUUGUGGGUGUAAAAUACCUUGUCCUAUAUCAAUUUAAGUAGUUAAGAGAUAAUCAAUUUUAUGUAUUUUCAGAACAUUGAUGAACUUAGUUUAAGUAUAUUUAUUAUAAAUAAAAAAUAUGUGUUGUAACUGUAUAUUAUGGAAUAAUCUUGGUACUUAACAUGUAAAGGAUUGAUGAAUUGUCUUCACGGAGAUGUUACAUUUGGUUUGAAAGUGUUUAAUUUCAAUAUUGCAGAAAUUACCAAAAAUAUAAACAACCGCUGUUAUACAUUCGAUAAUCACAAAUAGAGGAAAUAAAUUAAUAUAUUAUUAUCAAUUAUUUACUUUGUUUACAUGUUUGGUAAUUUCAGAAAAGGCCUAAGGCCUUUAUUGCGUUCUUCUGGAUAUAAAAAUAAAAUAUAUCGCGCAAAGGCUUGAUAAAUAUUGUAAUGCAUUGGUGCUUAAAAUGUCCAAAAAUAUAUUAUAGUUAUUUAUUUGUAUGUUGUUUUAUGCGGAUUAGAAUAAAUUAGCUUCUUCAACCGUCACAAUAUUUGCAGAAAAUAUAUUUAUAAAUCCUUCCUAUCGAUGUAAUUUUAGAUUUCAUGCAUGAUUAUUAACAGUGAGAUUAUUAUAUGAUUGCACAAGACCUGUGUCCAGUAGUGGCACGAUAUACGAUUGCAUUUCUGAUAGUAACUAUUGUGAAAAUGAGAUAUACAUAUUUAUGUAUGAAAUAUAUGAAGUUAUCAUAUUUAGCUAGUGGUAAUUUUGUAUUUAUAGAUAUUUUUUUACUUUGAAAGUAUGUACAUACUCACUUUUAACUUUACAUCUAUAGCAGAUUCUAAGGCGCUAUAUUUAACACGUUGGGCGCCACGUGGCUCAUAUAUUUGUGUCGUUUCUUGUCGCUUUAAUAUUUUUCUUCAUCGGAUAUAUUAUUAGCGCUAAGUGCGUAUAAAUAUGCUAUUACAAAUAUAUCUUCUGUUCCUGUAAAAGGUUGUGUCAAGUCAAAGAACAUGGCGUUUGACCAGAUAAUUAUUUUGUGAGAAUUAUUAAUCCUUGAUGUACAGUGUUUCGACUAUUAUAAUAAGUGAUGGAUGGAUUAACAUGAACGGCCUAAAUGUGAAAUAAUAUUAUAUGUAGGUAUAUUAGAAUUUAAUGGCGUAGUGUAUCUAUGCAUAGAAUAAUCGUUAUUUGUAUUACGUAUAAGAGCUACAUUUCCUACUAUAUUAGUGCUUAUAAUUUUGUGAUUCAAUCUUUUUAAAAAGAUAUUAAACAAAGUUAUAAUAUGCUUCCAAGUACGCUUCAUGACUGCGUUAGCGAAUGUGUUAAAAGUUCACUGCAGUGUUCUUAUUUAAAAAAAUACUUCAUUUAAAUCAAAAGUUAAUGUAAUAAAAGAGAGGAGGUCUUUCAACUUGACACAUAAAUGUGCCAAAAAGAUUUUUACUUAAAAAAUAAGGACGCUGCAUGCAAAAGCCUUAAAAUGAAACAACAGAUUCUAAAUAUUUUGUACAAAUUAUGUCAGUUUGUAUUUAGUUAUGUGGUUAUUAUUUUGCAUAACUAAAUUCAAAGGUGUUAAAACAUUUGGCUGUUAUUUUAGUUUAAUUACAUUCCAAACACCGAAUGGUUAAGUGAUAUUUUGAAAAUAUAGACAUAAAAAAUGAAAUAAAUAAAACAAUAUUAUACAUAGCA